AAUAAUUUAAAUUUCGAAAAUCGAACAUUUUUAGCGGGAAUCUUAUUUCGCAGUUCAUUUUCGCGUGCUCAGCCACAAGAUCCAGUUCAAUCAUUUUCUUUAAAAACUUGUUCAUUAAACUAUUAAAAAUGCCAGCUGAAGCUCAACCACUGUUACGCUUUGCAAAGCUCUCAGAACAUGGAUUUCCACCACUUAAAGGAUCAGAAAAAGCUGCUGGAUUUGAUUUGAGAAGUGCAUAUGAUUGCAUUGUUCCUGCUCGUGGAAAGUUUGUAGUCAAAACAGACAUCCAAAUAGAACUUCCAGAAGGGUGCUAUGGACGAAUUGCACCUCGUUCAGGAUUAGCAGUUAAAAACUUUAUUGACGUUGGUGCAGGAGUUGUCGAUGAAGAUUAUAGAGGAAACUUGGGUGUAGUCAUGUUUAAUCACUCAGAUGUCGAUUUUACUAUUGCCAAAGGUGAUCGUAUUGCUCAAUUAAUCUGUGAACGAAUCUUUUAUCCAACUUUGGAAGAAUGUCCAUCACUUACUGAUACUCAACGCGGUGCUGGUGGAUUCGGAAGCACUGGAACCAAUUAACAUACUUCAUAUUCAUUACAUUCACUGAUCUCUCACAUUUCAAUCCGUUAAUAAAGUUGUAUUUCUUCUAAAGAU